GGAUUGAUUCACUGGUGGUGGAUUCACCGGACGUCGUCUAACCUAUAAUAGAUUAAAAUUGAAAACAUUGUUCUGGUUUAACGUAACAUUUGUAUUGGACGUAGAGAAUUUUUCAACGUAAUUGGAGUAACCAAUUUCAUCCGAAGAUGCCAACCAUUGGUGUGAAACGAGACUUACUUUUCCAAGCACUUGGAAAAACGUACACUGAUGAUGAGUUCCAAACACUUUGCUUCAAGUUUGGUUUAGAGUUGGAUGAAGUGACUACUGAGAAGCAGAUGAUAGCAAAAGAGCAAGGUUUGGAUCCAAGCACUGGGGCUUCAGAAGAAGUUAUCUAUAGAAUCGAUAUUCCAGCAAAUCGAUAUGACUUACUCUGCCUUGAAGGUCUAGUCAAUGGAAUUCUGGUGUUUUUAGAGAAGAAUCCAUUACCUCGUUAUACAGCAAUUUCACCAAAACAUAGGAUGGAACAGAUUAUAGUCAAAGAAAAUACUCAGAGAAUUCGUCGUUACGUUGUGGGAGCAAUUCUUCGUGACGUAACAUUAACUAAGGAUUCUUAUAACAGCCUAAUUGAUUUGCAAGAUAAACUUCAUCAAAAUAUAUGUCGCAAACGUAGUCUUGUUGCUAUUGGGACGCACAACUUAGAUACUUUGAAAGGUCCCUUCAUUUAUGAUGCACAACCCCCAAAGGAUAUUUCUUUCAAGCCCUUAAAUCAAGAAAAGGAUUAUACUGGAGAGCAAAUCAUGGAUUUAUACACUAAUCAUGCACAGUUGAAACAAUAUUUGCCAAUUAUAAAGGACAGCCCAGUGUAUCCAAUUAUUUAUGAUAGCAAUGGUAUUGUACUGUCACUGCCACCCAUCAUAAACGGAGAUCACUCUAAGAUUACUCUAGAUACGAAAAACAUUUUUAUAGAAUGUACAGCUACUGAUCUUACCAAGGCAAACGUGGUUCUGGACACGCUGGUAUGCAUGUUCAGUCAAUACUGCAAGACUAAGUAUACAGCAGAAAAGGUAGAAGUUAUAUACCCCGAUAAAAGCAAAUUCCAAUAUCCUAGUCUAAAUUAUCGAAGAGAGAAAAUAAGCUCGAUCAGUGCUACUCGCUACAUUGGAAUCGAAGAAACUCCUAAAAAUGUUGCGCAGUUGCUUUCUAAAAUGUGUUUGAGAACAGAGGUAGAAAAUGAGGAUCUGAUAGUCGAGAUACCACCGACAAGGCAUGACGUUAUACAUGCAUGCGAUAUCUACGAGGAUGUGGCCAUUGCCUAUGGCUACAAUAACAUAGAAAAAACGUUGCCUAAAGGAUUGACUAUUGCGGAACAGUUCCCACUCAAUAAAUUAUCAGACCAAUUGAGAGAGGAAAUUGCUCAUGCUGGUUUCACAGAGGCGUUGACGUUUUCUCUGUGCUCCCGAGAAGAUAUAUCUGACAAAUUAGGACAUGCCAUCAAAGAUGUUCCUGCAGUGCACAUAUCCAAUCCAAAAACAUUAGAAUUUCAAGUAGCGCGUACAACAUUGCUGCCAGGCCUUUUGAAGACAUUAGCGGCUAACAAAAAAAUGCCAUUACCACAAAAGUUGUUCGAAGUAUCUGAUGUAGUAUUGCGUGAUUCAACUGCCGAAGUCGGAGCACGUAAUGAAAGACGAAUUUGUGCAAUUAAUUGCAACAAAAACGCUGGUUUUGAGAUCAUUCAUGGACUGUUGGAUAGAAUAAUGCUACUGCUUGAAGUUCCUUGGAGUUCAACUAAGGACUCCAAUGGAUAUUAUCUACGUGCAGCUGAUGAUCCAACAUACUUUCCUCAACGUUGUGCUGAAAUUGUUGCGUUUGACGAGGUAAUUGGUAAAAUGGGAGUCCUUCAUCCUCGUGUGAUUUCCAAUUUUGAUAUAAGCCUCCCUUGUUCAGCAUUAGAGAUCAACAUAGAACCGAUGUUAUAAACAGAUUGAUAACACAAUUGUGUAGAUGAAUUUGAAUAAAUUUGACCCGUUAUUCAAA